AUGAAUACGGUCGAGGGAAUGAACGAUGCCGCUGCAGAGGCUGCUCUAGGUCUUCUUGGACUCUCACCAACGAAUUUGCAACCUCCAAGCCCCAUCGUACCUUCCAAACGCAAGCACAACGACCCAUUGCAAUCCCAAGUCGCAAUUUCAAGUCACCAAACGCAAUCUGAACUACCUGACGAAGGCAUCGACUGCAUUUGCGCAUUCUCGUACGACGACGGGUUCUCAAUCCAAUGCGAUGACUGCCAGAGAUGGGUCCAUGCUGCUUGUUAUGGGAUUGUCGACCCGGGCGAGGUGAAGGCUUGUGAAUGGAGGUGUUCGGUCUGCGUACCCCGAGAGGUUGAUAAAGAGGCUGCGAAAAGAAUUCAGCUGGAGAAGCAGAAGGUUCUGCGCGUGGGGAAUGGUAACAACAAGCCCAAGCCGCGGAAACCAAGUCCAGUAGGGGAUAGGAAGGGAGGUGCUCGGAGGCCCAGCGCUGUCACCAACGCUGUCGAUGGCCAUACCCAUGGCGGGAAGAGAAAACCUCGUAGACCAUCAAUCAUCAACCCGUCGACCAGCCAUGGAAGCCAUGUGGACGAAGAGCACGUCGACGUUGGUGACUCUUGGAUGCAGAGCUAUGUCCCCAUCACCCACGAUAUCAUCAACCAUCCCGAAACGAGGGAGAAGCUACAGCAGCAUGCUCAACGGUGGAGGGGUGUUACCGCUAUCUCGCCAGGACAAGAGACAUUGACGACAGUUCGUCCAGUUCACGUUCCCCAUUCACCCUACUCGAACCCCUCAGUGCGCCCACCAUCAUUCGCCUUGCACACCACGGCGCCUAUCCCCAACGACCAGCUCAUCGCGCCGUAUCCAUCUCUCAUUACGCCCUCAGCAGCGUAUCUCUCCGAUCCCCUCAACGCAUACGCUCAUCUUGGAAUACCGAAACCCUUUGUACACCUCAUUGGUCAUCCACUUGACGUUGCUCUCGAUUCUCGAUGGCGCGGAGACAAGAGCCGUUUCGCUCGAAAUGGGUGCCGCCCGAACGCCGUACUUCGACCCAUGCUGUGCUCACGUUCCCCAGAUACAAAGGCCCAAGACGACGCGUUAUCUUUUGGCGUAUUCGCGCUCCGAGAUCUGAAGGCCAACGAAGAGGUUGUCCUAGGUUGGGAAUGGGAUGAUGGUAAUGCAAUUCAUAACCUUCCAGCUGCCAUACAGACGCCGCAUCUAUUUCGCGACAUCAAUCGUGAACACGACAGCGCCGAGCAACUCGAUUACCUACGCCGCCAAAUGUCCAUCAUCAUCCACACACUCAGCUCAACUUUUACAACAUGCGCCUGCGGAGCGAAGGCGAAAGAUUGUGCAAUUGCCCAAGCAGCCGCCUUCGUUGAUGGGUAUUCCGCCUAUUCUCCCGGGCCUGGGACCUCGAAGCCCAUUGACUUGGGUCCGUUGGUUGGUGUUGAGAGAGGGUUUAGGACACGGGAGAAAGUUCCUCUGUCAGGAGGGAUCGGUGGUGUCGAGAUGUGUCCUGAGGUCGCGCCUGAAAUUAUGACAAUGAGCGCGAAACGGAAGGGGAAGGCGAAAGCUACAGAAGGCAUGGUAUUGGACGUUGAGAUGGAGGAAGCGUCUUACGGGGCAGGUGCACACAGCGAUAUUCGUGGGGUAGGGCUCUCGUCACCACUACGCAACAUCAAACGUCUACCUAGGAAACGCACCGCGACGGACUCGAUACCUGCUCCACCGAUUCCACCUCUGUUACCACCCCGUCCACCGGAGAUCCCUUCCGCGUCACCUCGUUCUGAUUCUAUGGAUAUAGAUGGCGAGGAGAACGAGGAAAAGAUGCCUCCAAAGAUGAGAAAGCGCUGGAUCCAUAAGAAUCUAGACGCCUUGAAGGAGAUUUCUCGAAGGGAUGUCUCCCCCGAAUCGCCAAGUCAGUCAAUAACUGCGCAACCGGCGGAAGAAGUGGCAAUGGACAUGAGUGAAGGAUGUAGUGAUGGACAAUCACGGGUGAUUCAAGCGCCUCUUUUAAAUCGAAUGUCGAUUGACACUUUGGUCCACCCUCGCGCGACUGACAUGCCGCCCCCUCCCAUGCCCGCUGCACUGGACCCCACGACCAUCACGUCCAUACCUCCCACUCGUCAAACUCUAUCAUCUUUCGACUUCGCCAGUCCCGCUGCUCCAGCGAACUCCAACCCAGUCUCAACGUCUCCUACCACUUCUUUUGCUAAAUUAUCAUUAUUAUCUCCUGUUGUUAUUCAUCGAUCGCCUCCCAUGGACUCCACCACCUCACCUCCAAAGACUUCCGUGGACGUAUCUACCGAUGUUCCGAUUACCCCACCGAAGUCGCCUGCGCUUCCUUCGCUUCUACCCAAUAUUGACGAAAAGCUAGACACACCGGAUACCAACGGCAUUGAGAACGUCCAACCGACCACGCCGCCGUCGAUGGACCUCCCUGCUUCUCUGCAGCGUCGACCGUCUACCCCUACCCCCACUGACUCCGAGGAUGCACCUCCGAAAGCGAACAACGAAGUUAUUGAUGCGUCAAUUGUUAUGAAAGAAGAAAGCACUGAGCCGGUCGAACCAUCACUGGUGCCCCCUGAAGCAGAGCCCCUCCAGCCUGCCCCUCUACCCCUCGAUCCAGACGAACCGUCGCCGUUGGUUGUCAACGAGGUCGAUGAGAUGGCUGUAGACGAAACUCCAUCAGGGGCGUCGUCUGAACCUGUCCUUCUCUUGUCCCCGACGUCUUCGUUAGCAGACUCCCAAACCUUGCAUUCUUCGAUGCCUGUUGAGCAGCUUCCCCUAGUUGCUGUGGAGCAGGAGCUUUCGAAGGACGAGAGUCAAGAUGCGGGGGUCGACGACAAUGCUCAACCUAGUCAAGAUGAGCCUCGUCCGCCCACUCCCCCACCUCAGCCUGCUCCAAAGGUUAAGUUGUCGCUGAAAGACUUUGCCAUGCGCAAGAAGAAGCAGCGGGAAGAAGAGAUGGCGAAGGUUCAACCUUCGUCAGUUGCUCGUGACGUCCCUUCGUCGCAGUCACCUUCGAGAGACGGUGAUCCUGAUGGUCACGAUAGGGGGACGCCUAUGCAGGUCAAGGAGGACGCAGUCCAUCGCAGUACUGAUGAGCAUCAAUCUGUAUCUCAGCUAGAUACCGCCCCCAGUAUGGAUACUGACCCUCCUGAAACAACGGAUACGGACCAUGAUACUCAUGCAGAGCCUGUUAGUCAAUUCAUGGCACAGCAUGAGCAUCGUCAGAUAGAGGAACCCCGUCCUCUAUCAGAAGAAUCGCAUUCCGGUCCGACUGUCCUUAGUCCACCGUCUAGCACGCCUCCCCUCAGUCCCCGCACUCCGCCAAGUCAUUCACCUCCUCCAUCGACUCCAUCUCGAUCACCUUCACCUCAGACCCUCGGCGGAAAGGAGAAUGCGCAUGUCCAUCACCACCCUCUGACGUUGCAAGCCAAGAUAGAGCUCGUGGAACAGGUGCUUCCAAAGGAGGUUCAAGAUAAGACCAAAGCCCCCAUGGUGAUACCGCGCACACCUGAACCACCGCCUAAUCAGCCGUUCCACGAUAUCAACCGCACUCCAUCCUACCCUAAUUAUAGCAGCAUACCCGUAUAUCCUGAUGGUUAUAGGGGACCCGGACAUUAUCGACGGCCUUCGCACGAGGAUGGGGAGAUCACGUCUACGCGGAGCGAAGCAUCAUCUCCACCUCCCGGCCCACCAGCGGGGCCGAAAGCACAUAACGGAGUGAAUGUCUCCUAUGCUGCUCGAACGCACACGCCGCCAACGGGACCAAGGAAUUCCCAUGUACCAACGACAAUGCCGCCCCAUUUGACUGCGUUUCGCCCGCCACCGCCACCUCCCGCCGCUCUAGCUUCAUACAACCCAUCCUCUCUCGCGAUUGCGCCCAAACGACCUCCGACGGCUCCUCGAGCACCCAGAGCAUACGCCGGGCAGUCCUAUCAGCCCUCAUCAUAUGCCCCAUCUCCCAGGUCUGCGAGCGGGCAGCAGUAUAUUCCUCGUGGACCCUCGGCUGACCGAGACAGGGAUUGGGAUCGGGACCGUAGUAGUUGGUCACGACCGCGAGGUCGAGGGAGUACAUGGGGGCGAUGA